UCACAAUAGAUGCACCACAACAGAUAAACAUUUUUGAACUGUUGAAAGAAGCUGUCUGUCAAUUCGAUAAAUGCAAAGAAUUUAACUAUUCUUUUAAGACUGCCCACGUUCACGUAGAAGCUCUAAAAGGGCGUUUAGUACCUUGCGAGAGUUCUUAUGAUGCCGAACUCCAUAGAAUUCUGUCCAAUUGGCUUGAACUUGUGGCGACAUCCAGGAAACAAGAAUUGGAUGAGCACUAUAACAGAGCAAUGAAAUAUGCUAAGUUAUUAAAUACAAGUGAGGUUUGGUUUGUGCACUUUACCUGUGAAGAUAAUGCUACUAAGAACCCCCACUGGCCUGCUAUUAGGUUGCUUAAAGAAGAUGCACUUUUGGCACGACUGGGACUUUCAAAGCAUUACCAAUAG